GCGGCGCCGCGUCACACCCGGAAGCGGCUGCCGGAGCCGAUUCGUCAGCAAUGAGCGGGGAGCCGGGGCAGGUGUCCGUAGCGCCCCCUCCCGGGGAGGUGGAACCGGGCAGUGGGGUCCGCAUCGUGGUGGAGUACUGUGAACCCUGCGGCUUUGAAGCGACUUACCUGGAGCUGGCGAGUGCUGUGAAAGAGGAGUAUCCGGGCAUCGAGAUCGAGUCGCGCCUGGGGGGCACAGGGGCCUUUGAGAUUGAGAUCAACGGACAGCUGGUGUUCUCCAAGCUGGAGAACGGGGGCUUUCCUUAUGAGAAAGACCUCAUUGAAGCCAUCCGAAGAGCCAGCAACGGAGAACCCCUAGAAAAGAUCACCAACAGUCGACCUCCCUGUGUUAUCCUGUGACUGAACACGAUUAUGGAAUCCUGCUUGGUUCAUGGGUUAAAAUCUUUGUUUCUCCUUGGUCCUACUGGGAACUCCCCCUGUCUCUUUCUGUGCAUUUAGCUCCUGGUAGCUAAACAACUUGGUCUCCACUUUGCCCCUUUGGACACAGAGAGAGAAUAGGCGAUUCUGAGAUUUCAGAGGCAGGAAAGAGGCGUUCCAUGGACAUUUCCACAGCCACCUUAUGCCCUCUUCCCAGGGUCAGUGCCCUGUUCAUCCUAGUCCCUUCCCCAGCUUAGAAAUUCCUGUCAGAUGCCACAGUAGAUCUACUUUAUUUCCCUGAGACCUAGGCAAUGUCAGCUGUUGGCAAUAAAGAGGCACUACAAACA